AUCAGAUGUGAGAGUCGAGAGACACUGUCUGACGAGUGGGGCCACUUGCUCAGCUUCAGCAAGGUCCGAGCAGAUCACACCACGCAAAUCUCUCUCGCACCACCGCCGUUCCCUCGCCGUCGGCGCCCACAGCAGUACACCAUGCUCCGCCUCCACAAGUAUGUCCUCACCCAGCUGCUCCCUUCUUCCUCCCUCUCCACCAUCUCCCUCCCUCUCGGCCGCCUCAUCUCCGCCGCCGCGCCCGCCGUUUCCCCCAACCCUAGCUUCGCCGUGGAGGAGUACCUCGUCGCCACCUGCGGCCUCACCCCAGCACAGGCCGCCAAGGCCUCUCCGAAGAUCUCCCACCUCAAAUCCCCCGCCAAGCCCGACGCCGUCCUCUCCUUCCUCGCCGGUCACGGCCUCUCCACCGCCGAUGUCGCCGCCCUCGUCGCCAAGGACCCCAAGUUCCUCUGCGCCAAAGUGGAGAAAACUCUGGCCCCCAACGUCGCGGAGCUCACCGGCCUCGGCCUCUCGCGUGCUGAGAUCGCGCGCCUCGUCUCGCUCGCCGGUGAGUCCUUCCGCCGUACAUCUGUCGCCUCAAGGCUAUCCUACUUCCUGUCCCUCUUCGGCUCCUACGACGACCUCCUCCGGGUAGUCCAGAAAAGCCCCAAUCUCCUCGGAUGCGACCUCGACAGGGUUCUCAAGCCCAACGUCGCCUUCCUCCUGGAGUGCGGGUUAGGUGUUUGCGAUAUUGCCAAGCUGUGCAUCCAUUCGCGAUGGCUGCUCGCCACCAACCUGGAACGCCUCCGGGCAAUGGUGGCAUGCGCCCAAGGUAUAGGUGUGCCAUGUGGCUCUCGGAUGUUCAGACAGGCCUUGCAUGCUGUCGCAUUCCUCAGCCAGGAGAAGCUCACCGCCAAAGUGGAACUCUUGAAGAAGACGUUCAUGUGGUCAGAUGCCGAGGUCGCCAUUGCUAUUUCUAAGGCUCCAACGUUGCUGACGAGGGAUAAGGAAUCGCUGCAGCGCAGGUCCGAGUUCCUCAUCUCUGAGGUGGGGUUGGAACCGGCAUACAUUGCUUAUCGUCCGGCAAUGCUCACUUACAGCUUGGAGGGCCGGAUCAGACCCCGGUACUAUGUCGUAAAGUUUCUCAAGGAAAAUGGAUUGCUCAAGCGUGACCCGAGCUACUUUACUGUUUUCAAGGAGUCCGGGAAGGCAUUCAACAAGAUGUUCAUACACCCUCAUAAGGAAGCUGCACAAGACCUUGAAAAAGACUAUGAUGCUGCUUGCAAAGGGGAGGUGCCCACUAAUUUCAGAUUCACAUAAGCCAAGAACGGGCUCUGAUGUAACCGUGUGCUGGUUGUCCGCUGCUGUAUGUCUGUUAGAUGCUGGGUUGGUGGUUGUUAACGAGUGAUCAAGCUGAUAAUUUGAUCCCUGGAUACUGAUAUGUAAUGUCACCACUCAGCCGAGAAGAAACCAUGGAUUGGUUAUGGAAACUUUUUCGUCCUCAUUCAUGUUUUAAACACAUGUAUUGGAACUAAGUAAGUGUGAGAUCAGGCCAUUCUGCAAUGCACUAAAAUUUCAGUUUUCAAUUUAGUUGCCUGUGCAUUGAGAUAAUGAGCCAAGGUGAAGAUGUGCUGAAACUGGAUGUACAUGGUGUUUUUUCUUUCUUCUUCCAGGAAACAAGAUGAAACAUGGCGGCUAUGGCUUGCUGUGCUCUAUACAUGAUUUUGAAGGCUCUGUUAGUUGAUGAUGCCCUGAAGCUUCAGUGACAAGUAUGCCUUGAUGAUGUCUCUUUUUUGAAUUUUGCAAGUUAAGUAAUCCUUCUAGUAUUGUACUGUAGAUUUCAAUAAACUAGUAGCAUCUGGUGCUUUAAUCAAUUUGUACAUGUUGUUGGAUCUUCACUUGGAUGUAAACAAUUUGAAUGAGCCACUUAUGCAUGUAAACAGUAAGCGUUAUGUAAAUUUUGUAGUCUGAACUCUGAAUUUGAAGCAGAGCUGAACGUUAACUCUGAA